UCAGCAUCUUCAAUGGACAGCAUUUGAGCCAACAGAAAAAACUGAGUAUUGAAAACAACAAAAAAGAAAGAGAUAAAAAGAAAACUGAAAAAUUGAGUCAACCAAAGUGUCCCCAUUAAAACCAGAAUCAUAACUUAUUAUUAGCCAUGAAUUUCAACUUCCAAGUAAACUUAUAAAAAAAAAAAAAAAAGAGUUUGGUUACACAUCACUCUAAUCCAACCUUCUCCAUUAAAUUAAUACCAAGAAUCUCUCUUUUUCUCUCUCUACCUCUCUUUUCCUUGGUACUGUGAGUGUGUUGUGUCAAUAGUAAUACAGAGUAUAAUUUAAUUUAUAUAUAAAUAUAUUUUAUAUAAUAAUAUGGUUUUGGUUUUCAAUUUUUAUUUUCUGGGUUAGUUUGUUCUGGUCGUGUUGAAUUCCACAUGUCAGUGGAAACAGUUGUUUUCUUCAUGGGGAUGAUGAUUUCAUGGCUCCUCUGCAUAUCUCAGAGCUUGAGUUAUCAUCAGACACAGAUUGUUUUAGUGGUUUUGGGUUCUCUCACCAAACCCAGUUCUGGGUUUUUUGUUAAACUGCCUACUCAUUACUUAGCUCUCACUAUUUGUGGCCCUUGUUCAAUCUAACGUCCCUUUUGUUAUUGCUUCAAGUUAUAAGCUUUCCCCUCCAAUAUUAAUUUAUUCAUUUCUUUAUUGCCUUUCUAUUUUAAUUUCUUCUUCAUCGAGGAACGCCUUGUGUGAGAAAAGUUAGAGACUGUUUGUGAGAUUUGGCGCUGUAUGGGAUGAGAAUGGUAAUGCCACCCAUGCUCCAGCUGGUUAUUCUCAGCUUCAUUUGCUUUUCUCUGCUUCUACAAGGAUCCACAGGAAUUACUAUAUCCCCAUCACCUGCAAUCUAUUCUGGGGUAAGAACAUUAGGUCCUGUGCCUCAUGGCACAUCAAAAGACAAUGCACCAAGUUCAGAAUCGCAGCCCAUUGAAUCACCUUCACAUCCUGAAGUUGCACUGCCGCCUCUUCCCUCUACCCCAGCAUCCCAAAUCAAGGGGCUCGAACCAUCAAUGCCACCUAGUGUUACAAAAGCGCUGCCACCAUCUAAUGCAACUCAGAAGGUGGCCUCUACCCCAGCGCCCCAAACAAUCAAUAGGCUCGAACCAUCUCUGCCACCUAGUUUUACAAAAGCACUGCCGCCAUCUAAUGCAAAUCCUCUACCUCCCGUUGAUCAAAUACAUGCACCAGCCACUCCACCAACAACUCCUCAAGAAAAAGCACCAGUUACGAAGCCUCCUGUCUCAGUACCAGUAAUGUUAACUCCUCCACCACUUUCUCAAGGUCAUGCACCCACUGUUCCACCAACUGCUUCUCAAAGAAAGAAACCGGUGAUUGAGGCUCCUAUUUCACUGCCAGUUGCUCCAGUUCCAGUUGCAACUCCUUCAAUGAAUAUACCACAUGUUUCUCCAGCUUUCCAGCCAAGUAUACCUGCAACUUCGCCAAUAAAUAUACCACAUGUUUCUCCAGCUUUCCAGCCAAGUAUACCUGCAACUUCGCCAGUAAAUAACACCCGAAGAAAUUCCACUGAUAAUAAGGGUCCUAUGUCUUCUACUACUCCAGUCACCAAUCACGCAGUUCCAGCAGUAUCUCCAACAAGUCAAGUGCCACAGAGUUCACCUUUCAUCCAUCCAGCUACACCUAGAGGAUCUCCAUCUACUGUUAUUCCUGACCAUGAAGUCUCUCCUGCUUCAUCUCCUCCCAGGAGCAUUGAAUGGAAAAAGAAGGGAAUUCCUGCUUCUGCGCCUUUAUUUGAAAAGCCUAAGGCAGUACCACCUGUGGACCAUAUCACAGCUAACGGUCCUUCAAAACACAAAUCUGUGCGACAUUCUUAUGUUGCUCCUGCACCAUCUACAUGGCAUCCCAAUCCUCCUAAUAAAGGAGAUACUCCUGUCUCAUCACCUUCAGCCCCAUUUUAUGAGCAUCAUCAUUCAAGGAACAAAAUCACCAAUCUUGCUCCAGCAUCAUCAUAUCCUGUUUCUCCUCCUCCUAUACAACAUGGUUUUUCAGGUUCACCAUCUGAUACUCGUUUCCCUCCACCAUUGAGCUAUAUUCCACCUGCACCUGCUCCAUCCCAGAAAGCUGCAUCGGGCAACACCAAUAAAUUGUUUCCAUCUAAGCCUCCAUCAGAAAGUCCAAAGGUUUCACUUGCACCACCACCAAAGGUUUCACGUUUACCGCCACCAAAGGUUUCACUUGUGUUUCCUCCUCCACCUCCUAAUGAAGAUUGUUCAACAAUGAUUUGUACAGAGCCCUUUACAAAUACUCCUCCUGGAUCACCUUGUGGCUGUGUUUUGCCCAUUCAAGUUGGAUUGCGCCUUAGUGUUGCUUUAUAUACUUUCUUCCCAUUGGUCUCAGAGCUCGCCCAGGAAAUUUCUAGCAGUGUUUUCGUAAAACAAAGUCAGGUACGCAUUAUUGGAGCAAAUGCCGCUAACCAACAACCAGAGAAGACAGUAGUCCUUGUUGAUUUGGUACCAAUGGGAGAAAGGUUUGAUAACACUACUGCUUUUUUAACGUAUCAACGAUUUUGGAACAAGCAAGUUACCAUCCAAUCAACCUACUUUGGUGACUAUGAAGUGCUAUAUGUGCGGUAUCCAGGUUUACCUGCCUCGCCACCUUCCGAUGUUGGUAUGAUAGAUGAUGGGCCGUAUGCUGGCUCUGACAAUAAUGCGAGAACAAUAAAGCCUCUUGGGGUUGAUUUGCCAAAAAGGCAACAUAAAAAGGUGCUUAGUGGUGGCAUCAUUGCUAUUAUUGUUCUAUCAGCCUUCCUAAUUUUGGUUUCGUGCUCCGUUGCUGCUUGGAUUUUUCUUUUCAAACAUAGAGACAAAGGUUCUGAAUUAGGGCCAGCUCCCCGUGUUUUGCUGCCUUCCCUGUCCAAACCAUCAGGAGCUCCAGCGUCUAUGUUAGGAAGUAGGGACAGUUCUGCUUCUUUAUCAUUUGGAUCUAGCAUUGCGACCUACACUGGAUCUGCUAAGACUUUCAGCACAAGUGACAUAGAAAAAGCAACUGAUCAUUUUAAUGCAUCUAAAAUACUUGGGGAAGGAGGGUUUGGACUUGUUUACAGCGGUGUUCUUGAAGAUGGAACCAAAGUUGCUGUCAAAGUUUUAAAGAGAGAUGAUCAACAGGGUGGUCGUGAAUUCUUGGCUGAAGUUGAAAUGCUUAGCCGUCUUCAUCACCGGAAUUUGGUCAAGUUGAUUGGUAUAUGUACAGAGGAGCGCAACCGUUGCUUGGUUUAUGAGCUGGUCCCAAACGGCAGUGUGGAAUCUCAUUUACAUGGCAUUGACAAAGAGGCUGCUCCACUCAAUUGGCCUGCUCGAAUGAAGAUAGCACUCGGUGCUGCUCGAGGACUGGCAUAUCUACAUGAGGAUUCAAGCCCCCGUGUCAUACAUCGUGAUUUUAAGUCUAGCAAUAUCUUGUUGGAAGAGGAUUUUAUGCCAAAAGUUUCGGACUUUGGUUUGGCCCGGUCUGCCAUGGAUGAAGAAAAUCAACACAUAUCAACACGUGUCAUGGGAACAUUUGGAUAUGUGGCUCCCGAAUAUGCGAUGACUGGACAUCUUCUUGUGAAAAGUGAUGUUUAUAGUUACGGAGUUGUCCUACUUGAACUUUUAACUGGAAGGAAACCAGUAGACAUGUCACAACCACCUGGUCAAGAAAAUCUAGUUGCAUGGGCCCGUCCACUCCUUGCGAGUAAAGAAGGUCUGGAAACAAUUAUUGAUCCUUCGCUAGUAUCUGAGGUCCCUUUUGAAAGUGUAGCCAAGGUAGCAGCAAUCGCAUCCAUGUGUGUACAACCGGAGGUAUCAAACCGUCCUUUUAUGGGUGAAGUUGUUCAGGCCUUGAAACUGGUGUGUAACGAGAUUGAGGAGGCAAAAAACCUAGGAUCAAGAACUUCAAGUCGAGAUGAUUUGUCUAUUGAUUUCAGUGCCUCAGAACAGUUUCCAGGCCCCCCACAAAGCCAAUAUUCAGUUCAUAGCUAUGAGUCUGAACUUGAUGUUGGAAGGGGAAUGUCAGUAUCAGAAUUGUUCAGUUCAUCUGCAAGAUUAGGCACAGAACAAUCCGAAUCGUUCAGGCGUCACUCUAGUUCUGGUCCUCUGGGAAGCAGAAAGAGCAAGCAUUUCUGGGAAAGAGUAAGGAGAUUAUCAGGUGGCAGUGUUAGUGAUCAUGGUUCUGCAUUUAGAUUUUGGUCAGGUUCCCAUUGAAUGACAGAGUGACUUUUCCUUGUUUGAUUUUUCGGUGACAAGAAGAAGAAGCUCAAGAAGACCUCCUAAGGGAAAUCAUGAAAAGGUUAAUAAGGGGUAACAUUUCUCCAUACUAAUGCUCAAAUGGGAUGGAAUUUGGUGUUUGAAUCGUAAUACAAAAUUUCUCAUGGCACAGAAGGAGCUACUCUCGGCUGACGUGACCAAAUCCUUUGCGUUUCAGAGUGAAGGAGAACUUUUGAUUGUAAAUCCAGUGAGUGCAUUUAGAGACAAGUUUUCUCUAGUUACAGUCUACAGAUUUGUACAGAAUAUUUUGCACUAUGAAAAUGAAAUGCCUGCUUUCACCA